CGUUGCUCGGGAUGCGGGCAGGUUCCGCCGCCGCCGCCGCCUCAGCCUCAGCCUCCGCUGCCUCAGCCUCGCCUGCCACCGGGGUUUGUAUGAAAACACCGGGCGGCGGGCGGCGAGGAGUCCGCCGUUCUUCCAGAGAGCAGCCGCUGGCGCUGCCGACGCCGAGCCGGGUGCUGCGGCUCUGCUCAGUCCUUGCCAGCGCCCCGUCCUGAGCCGAUUAUCUGCAAUGUUGAAAUGAAGUAACUCAAGAUGAGCAAGUUAAAAGUGAUAUCAGAGAAAAGUCUUACCAAUAAUUCUCGGGUCGUGGGACUCCUGGCUCAGCUGGAGAAGAUCAAUACUGAAUCUUCAGAAUCAGAUACUGCCAGAUAUGUCACAUCAAAAAUUCUUCAUCUGGCUCAAAGUCAAGAAAAGACAAGGAGAGAAAUGACAGCCAAAGGUUCUACAGGAAUGGAAGUUCUGCUGUCAACCCUAGAGAACACGAAAGAUCUUCAAACUACACUUAAUAUCUUAAGCAUUCUUGUUGAGCUGGUGUCAGCUGGUGGAGGCCGAAGAGCAAGUUUCUUGGUCACCAAAGGUGGUUCACAAAUAUUGUUGCAGUUACUCGUGAAUGCGAGCAAGGAAUCUCCCCCAAAUGAGGAGUUGAUGGUGCAGAUUCAUUCUAUUCUCGCAAAGAUUGGACCUAAAGACAAAAAAUUUGGAGUGAAAGCUAGAAUUAAUGGAGCUCUUACUAUAACCCUGAAUUUGGUCAAACAGAAUUUGCAGAAUCAUCGCUUGGUUUUGCCUUGUCUUCAGCUUUUACGAGUAUAUUCUGCCAACUCUGUGAAUUCAGUAUCCUUAGGGAAAAAUGGAGUUGUGGAGCUGCUGUUUAAAAUCAUUGGACCAUUUAGUAAGAAGAAUUCGGGUCUCAUGAAGGUUGCUUUAGACACUCUUGCUGCAUUGCUAAAAUCAAAAACAAACGCCAGAAGAGCUGUAGACAGAGGAUAUGUCCAGGUCCUUUUAACAAUUUAUGUAGAUUGGCACCGCCAUGAUAACCGGCAUAGAAACAUGCUCAUUCGGAAAGGAAUUUUACAGAGUUUAAAAAGUGUUACAAACAUCAAGUUGGGAAGGAAAGCAUUUAUAGAUGCCAAUGGCAUGAAAAUUCUGUAUAACACUUCACAAGAAUGUUUGGCAGUCAGGACCCUUGAUCCCCUUGUCAACACCUCUAGUCUGAUAAUGAGGAAGUGUUUUCCUAAAAAUCGCCUGCCACUCCCAACGAUUAAAAGUUCUUUCCAUUUCCAGCUGCCAGUUAUUCCUGUGACUGGGCCUGUGGCCCAGCUCUACAGUUUACCGCCAGAAGUGGAUGACGUAGUAGAUGAAAGUGACGACAAUGAUGAUAUUGACUUAGAAGCUGAAAAUGAAACUGAAAAUGAAGAUGACGUAGAUCAGAAUUUUAAGAAUGAUGAUAUUGAAACGGAUAUUAACAAACUAAAACCCCAGCAGGAACCCGGACGAACGAUAGAAGAACUUAAAAUGUAUGAACACCUUUUCCCUGAGCUUGUUGAUGAUUUUCAGGACUAUGAUUUAAUCUCCAAAGAACCAAAGCCUUUCGUAUUUGAGGGAAAAGUACGUGGUCCUAUUGUUGUUCCUACUGCGGGAGAGGAAGCAUCUGGGAAUCCAGGCAACUUAAAAAAAGGAGUUGUCAGGAAUGCAAAUGUGUCUCCUAAAGGAGAGGAAGGUGAUAAGAAACCUACCUGUAUGGAUGUGGCAAAAGAAGAUAUUAAGAAUAAUGACAGAACAUCACAACAGCAGCUAGGUGAUCAAAACAGAACUAUUACAUCCACUCAGGGCGUAAACAAUGAUAUUGUGAAGGCCUUGGACCGAAUUACGUUGCAGAAUAUCCCUUCCCAGACAGCCCCAGGUUUUACUGCAGGAGCCAAGAAGGACUACAACCUCCCUCUUACCGUCCUCACGUGCACUAAAGCUUGUCCACACAUGGCCGCUUGUGGAAAUGUUCUUUUUGAGGGAAGAACAGUUCAGCUAGGGAAACUGUGUUGUACUGGAGUUGAAACUGAGGAUGAUGAAGAUACAGAGUCUGUUUCAUCAUUGGAGCAAGCGUCAGUGGAAGUCUCUGAUGGACCCACACUCCACGACUCAGAUCUCUAUAUUGAGAUUGUGAAAAAUACAAAGUCUGUCCCAGAAUAUUCAGAAGUGGCUUAUCCUGAUUAUUUUGGUCACAUUCCGCCUCCAUUCAAAGAGCCUAUUUUAGAAAGACCAUAUGGUGUACAAAGGACAAAAAUUGCUCAAGAUAUUGAGAGGUUAAUACAUCAGAGUGAUAUCAUAGAUCGAGUGGUGUAUGACUUAGAUAACCCCAAUUACACUAUACCAGAAGAAGGAGAUAUAUUGAAGUUUAACUCCAAAUUUGAAUCUGGGAAUCUGCGCAAAGUAAUUCAGAUUAGAAAAAAUGAAUAUGAUCUUAUUUUGAACUCAGAUAUAAAUAGCAAUCAUUAUCACCAGUGGUUUUACUUUGAAGUCAGUGGAAUGCGACCGGGUGUUGCUUACAGGUUUAACAUCAUUAACUGUGAAAAAUCCAACAGUCAAUUUAAUUAUGGUAUGCAACCACUCAUGUAUUCGGUUCAGGAAGCAUUAAACGCAAGACCGUGGUGGAUUCGUGUGGGAACGGACAUUUGUUAUUAUAAAAAUCACUUCUCAAGAAGUUCAGUUGCUGCAGGUGGGCAAAAGGGAAAAUCCUACUAUACAAUUACGUUUACUGUCAAUUUUCCACAUAAAGAUGAUGUUUGCUACUUUGCUUAUCACUAUCCAUACACAUAUUCGACUUUACAGAUGCAUCUUCAAAAAUUGGAAUCAGCACACAAUCCUCAGCAAAUCUAUUUUCGAAAAGAUGUGUUAUGUGAAACCCUGUCUGGAAACACCUGUCCCUUGGUGACUAUAACAGCAAUGCCAGAGUCUAAUUAUUAUGAACAUAUCUGUCAAUUCAGAAACCGCCCUUAUGUUUUUUUAUCUGCUCGGGUACAUCCUGGAGAAACUAAUGCAAGUUGGGUAAUGAAGGGAACACUGGAGUACCUCAUGAGUAAUAACCCUACUGCCCAGAGCCUACGAGAAUCCUAUAUUUUUAAAAUUGUCCCUAUGCUAAAUCCAGAUGGCGUCAUCAAUGGAAAUCACCGCUGUUCUUUAAGUGGAGAGGAUCUGAAUAGACAGUGGCAAAGUCCAAAUCCAGAUUUACAUCCUACAAUUUAUCAUGCUAAGGGGCUGCUACAAUACCUGGCUGCUGUGAAGCAUUUGCCACUGGUUUAUUGUGAUUAUCAUGGCCAUUCACGAAAGAAGAAUGUAUUUAUGUAUGGCUGCAGCAUCAAAGAGACUGUAUGGCAUACCAGUGAUAAUGCAGCUUCCUGCGACGUUGUGGAAGAUGGAGGAUACAGGACUUUGCCUAAGAUACUGAGCCAUAUUGCCCCAGCAUUUUGCAUGAGCAGCUGUAGCUUUGUAGUAGAAAAAUCUAAAGAAUCUACAGCACGUGUUGUAGUUUGGAGGGAGAUCGGGGUACAAAGAAGCUAUACCAUGGAAAGUACUUUGUGUGGCUGUGAUCAGGGAAAAUAUAAGGGUUUACAGAUUGGUACUCGAGAAUUGGAAGAGAUGGGAGCAAAAUUUUGUGUUGGUCUGUUGCGUUUGAAAAGACUGACAUCCCCAUUGGAAUAUAAUCUGCCUUCCAGCCUGCUUGACUUUGAAAAUGACUUGAUUGAAUCGAACUGCAAAGUAACUAGGAAACGUGGCAGCUCUGAACUCCAAUUUUUGCCUCCAAUCCUUUGAAAUUGCUGAAAGCUCUGAUGACUUCUCUGCCUCUUAGCAGCUGCCCUUGCCUUGCCUUGGGUUCUUCUGGACUUUGCCCCAUGCACCUUUUCUCUUGAUUUUGCUUUGUAUCCUUUCACUGUAAUAUCCGUCACAGCUGUUAAUGCAGCUGUGUGCGGAAUCCUGUACAUCUGGCUAGCGCAUCACUAGACCAGGGAUGGCCUUGGGACCCAAACACGCAUGCCCAUUUUGAGUUUCUGUUAAGUUUGAUUAUUAUCUCCGAGAUUUUUCUGUUCUAUUGAGAGCCAUCAGAGACAGAUGGUAUUGUUACCCCUUUUCUUAUGUGUAAACUGAGGCUCAGAGAUGAAUUGACCCACGGUCAUCUGUCUGGUAAUUCUCAACGAAACCAGGAAUUGUGCCCAGAUUGAUUGGACUCCAGAAUUCCCCUGUGCUUUCAUUGUAUCUUGUAUCUUCCAAGUGACUAAGCAAAAUUACUAAAAGGGAAUGGUUUCAGCUUUUGAGGGUGUCCUGUAUUAUUGAGAAAACAACUAUUUAACCUUUUCGCUUUGUAUAAGGAAUGUUUUUAGAUCAAUAGUAAUAUAAAGUCAGUUGGAGUUUAGUGACUGUUUUUUGAAGGCAGCUUGGUUAUAUUUGUGGUCCAAAAAAUAUCAGUAAAUUAACAACUUUCUUUCCUUCCCCUCCACCAUAGAUGAUCCUGUUAGAAAUUCUGUACUCUAAUUGUGUGUUGAGUAUAUAUACCUGUGUAGGAAUGGGCAAAUACUUGUGUAUAUACACUGUGGACAUUUAAGACUGACAAAAUUGUUAACUUGUAUUUUCUAUGGAUAAUUUUGUUUGCUUUGAUAUUUAGUAGAUAAAACAUCUCUUAUGAGCUGGGAAUCAAAUUAUAUAAAUAAAACAUUCUCUGAUAUUUAGGCAGAUAGAGCCUUUACUUUCACAUGAGACCUGAUAAUUCGAUACAGGAAAGACAUAAUCAGCAAGUCACAAAUUGCUACUAAUUUGGGCAAUGGAGUAUAUUUCUGUUUGUGUAUCAGUUUCAGAAUUUCUCCCCUAGGAUAUCUUUAUUGUGCUGUCUGAAAACAGGUAGGUUAGUUUCAAAAUUGUAGAAGAGUAUGAGGUUAAGGGAGGAUUCGAAGUUACAAAAGUAAGGCAGUAUUUUUAGUCCUUUUGGUGUGGUGCCAGCCCAUUACCUGGGCCCGUUAGGAACUGAUUAGCUUUUUUCUGUAACAAGGUAGGUUUUAUUAAUUUUAUAAUAGCAUUUUAUAUUUGUACAGUUUAAGAAUUUACAGAUGCUUUCACACUUACUACCUAAUUGGAGUCAAACAACUUGUGAGGUAGUGGGGCUGACACUGUUAUCUCUGCUUUUAUUCUGGAGAAAAGCCAGUGCUUGGAGAGAGUAUGUGACUUGUUCAGGGUCAUGCAGCUGGCUAGUGGGAGAAGAGAGGCACAGGCCCAGAAUUUCUGACUCCAGGUCCAGUGUUUUGCUUCUUUCAUGCUUGUAUGUAGGUAACAGAGCUGAAGAUCGGCGUCCAGGUAUCUCAGAUGUCCAGUCAGCUCUCCUGCAAGUAGCUGGGCAUACAUCAGGGGAUUUGGUGAAUUUAUUAGGUUCCAUAUUGCAUAUGCUUACUAGUUAAUAUAGUGAUAGGCAGAAUACUUUCAGAAUCUGAAUGAAGCACAAUUUUUCAUCUUUGGAAAUCAGUUGGAAUUUUAAACCUUUUCUACAUCGUAGUGACACCAUACAGCAGGGAAUUUCAACAAAUUCAUCCUGUGAGAAAGCCAUUUGGGUGAAGGUUUUGAUUUUUUUUUUCCUGAAGCACCAUGAGAAGGAUUUGGUUUUGGACUAAAAUGCUAUUCUCUUUUAGAAUGAAAUGUUUCUUAUUGAUUAAAAUCCAGAAAAGAAGGAUGUUAGGGCAACGAUACAGAGGCCAGCUGUUGGAGAAUGAAGCAGAACAGGGAAACAGGAGUAAGCUUACAUGAAGAAAAGUAGAGGGACAAAGAAGUUGUGAUGGGAAAAAGGUAAUAGUGAUAGGAAAUAAUUGAGUGCUGAUUAGAGUUUCUUUUUGUGAUCAGAAUUUUGUGAUUGAAUUCCUUUCUACUGAUGUCAAGGGAUUAUUUUAUAACUCUAGGGCAGAUUAUCUUAAGGUCUUUCUUUUCCCUGCAGGUUAUUGUGAGAUAUAAUGUAUAUGAAGGCUCUUCCUAAGUUGUACAUUGUUCAAAACAUGUUGGAAUUACUAAUAAAAGCAAAGCUGAAUUGCUGUGGUCUUGUGCCUUACGUUUUUUUGUUUUUUAACACAAAGUAUAAUAAGUGGGAUGGGGUAAUAUAAAAAGCAGUGAUCUUGUGGGCCCUGAGGCUUCUCGUAAGGAGUUCGGCAAAUAUUUUUUUUGUGCCUGCAAUGUGUCGAGUACUCUUAGGAGCUGAAAGGAGUUACUAAUGUGGGUAAGUCACAGCUCCUGACCUUAACAUGCUCAUGAGAAGAUGGACCCACAAAUAGGUGGCUUCACCUGCAUGGGAGAAGGGACCAGACAGAAUGUGCGGGGUACAAACGGAAUGCAGAGAAAGGGCGCUUAGCCCGAGAUGGGCUUUCAUAAAGGAAGAACAUCUGCAGAUGAGCCUGAGCUAUAGUUUGAAGGAAAUACGAGUCGGUGGGAGAUAAAAAGUGGGAAGCAUGUCCAGAGAGAGGAAGCAACAUCAGUGAAGGUCUGUGAUGUAAAAUGUGAGGCAAGAAGUAGCUCAGAGCUUGGCUGGCAGGACUUGCUUGCUGAGAAUUGUGGUUUUAUGACUCACUGAGUGGAUGAUGUUGAGACGAGGGCAAGCGGAAGCAGACUUGCAGGGGAGUCUGAUGAGUUCCCUUGCAAACAUACAGUGGGGGUAUAUGCGAGAUAGCCGCGCGAACCUGUUCGCAAGUGCUUGUGUGCACAGUGCAAGUUCAGGGGUGAAGUCAGGGCUUGAAAUUUGGAAUUUGGAAAUACCAGAAUGCAACUUAAAAUAUGGGAGUUUACUCAAAGAGAGCGCGCCAGGAGAGCAUUUUUAUAAGUGCUUGUUUUUGAGGCAUAGGAGGGAGGAUGGAGAGCACUUGAUCAGCAGUGAGCAGGGACAGAGGGGAAUGCGGCACACCAGAAGGGAGGAGUGCUGGAAUUUCUACCAGUUAAGGGCAAGAAACAAUGGACUGGAGAGUGGCAACUGGAACACUGGCCAGAAGGCUGCUUUCAGGGGAGUGAUGGGGAUUGAAUUCCUCUGUUCCUGCUGUCUAGGAUUCCCGCAGCUCUGACCCUAGGCCUACCCAGCACUCUCCCCGCUGCCACAGGUGCGCAGGUUGGCACUGAGGCCUGCUUUGCCGUUGCUAGAUGGACUCACUGCAUUUCAGACAGACGGUACACUUUCAUGAAGCUGAGGCUAGGAACAUGUCCGGUAGGACCUGCAGAAACAGGCAUCAAAUAGCAGGGUCAGUGUGGGUUCCGAAAAUGGACUCAGAGUGUGAAACUGGUCCAUUGCUAGGUAUCACGAGGGUUGAUGCCACGACGUGGAUGGAGUUUAUGUCGCAGCAUAUGAAGGAGCCAAGAUCAGGAAUUGACAGGCUCAAAGUAUUUUCUGAGCAUUCGUUAUUAUGGGGUUUCUUGUGCUUCUUAGACUUAACAAAAGUGCUUAUUAAGUGUCUGAUCCUAGCACUGUUCCAAGUCUCCUUGAUGGCUAGGAACUUUUUUGGCUGGAUCCUGGGCAUUUUUAUUGCUUCUGAAUCAUACUUCUUCUGUUUCCUUAACUUAUAAGACUAUUUUCUAGCCUGUAAACUAGGUUUUUUCUUUAAACCCUUUCUCUUAGGUCAUGUUGAUUAAUGUUCUAGUAUUCAGCUUCCCAUGUAGAACUAGGUCCUCGCCCUGACCUCGGUGUAGUGGCUGAGGUUCCGGUAACCAGUUUACUUUGUGCCAGUCUGUUUUCUUUGGUGGUGGUAUGGGGGGUGGAAUUCUGCUGUCUGCAGAUCUCCUGAACGAUGCUUGCCCCCCCCCCCACCUACCCACCCACCACAUGGAUUCUGUGCUCUUCCUACCUGUCAGGAGACCCCAUGAAGCUGCAGGUAACUGCGCUGUUCUGGUCCCGGUGCCUCCUUGCUGUGGAGUGAGCCUCUCCAGUCCUGCUUGGUUUCCCCAGCCCCUGUACCAGUGGAGUGCAUGGCUUUUGAGGAAAUCUACCCCCUCCCUUGCAUCCCCACUAUCAUUUCUUCUUAUUAGGACAGUCUCCAGGAAGAAAGUAAGCAAGUUUCCCCCCUCAUUUCUGUCCUUCCCCCUCUUUUGCUCUAGCAGAAGCCUCCAUCUGUCCUGAGAGUCUGUUCUAAUAGUCCUCAGCGUAUGCAGUGAUUCACCUGGGACACCCUGAGAAUUUGAAACACCAGACUCAAGAAGGAGUGAAUUACUGUUUU